CAAAACUUGUCAUACUCGCCCCCACCAUCGACCACGGACCCCAGGCAGCCAUGUCGUUCAACUUCGGUGCGUCCUCCGCGGCUCCUUCGGGUGGCUUCAACUUUGGCGCCAGCUCUGCCGCUCCCGCAGCCUCUACAGCUCCCAGUACGGGCGGUUUUUCCUUCGGUGCGGCCUCCAGCGCCCCCGCUACGUCCACCGCGUCGUCCUCAGGCUUCAGCUUCGGCUCCAAGCCGGCGGCCGCUGCCAGUACCAGCAGCGGCUUCAACUUCGGAGCGACGUCCUCGACACCAGCAGCACCAGCCGAGGCUAAGAGCAGUGCCACGUCCGCUCCGUCGACAGGCUUCAGCUUCGGAUCAACUGCACCGUCAUCUACUGCUCCAUCGUCCACUGCUGGAUCCACUGGCACCUCUGGCUUCAGCUUCGGUGCGAAAACGCCAGCAGCAGAGGCCAAGCCCGCAACUUCAAGCGGCUUUAACUUCGGCGCUACGUCGACAACAUCAGAGGCUAAACCGGCCACUCCAGCUUCAACGGGGUUCAGCUUCGGUGCAACGUCCACUACAGCAGAGGCCAAGCCAGCGGCACCGGCUUCUUCGGGCUUCAGCUUUGGUGCUAAGCCUGCGGCGGAUGCUAAGCCUGCGGAGGCUAAGCCAGCUACUGGCUUUUCGUUCGGUGCGAGCUCGUCUGCUUCCAGUGCCGCUACUAGCACGACCACUACGUCGACGGGAGGAUUCAGUUUUGGGGCCAAGCCGACGACGUCUACUGCUGAGAGCAAGACAGAGACACCAGCGGUAGCGUUUGGAACGUCUACAGCGUCCAGUGCUGCGGGGUCAACGACGACUGCCACUUCGACUGCGGCCACCACUGCCAUCACAGCUCCUGCCACGGAGACGGACAAGCCUCCAGCUGAGUACAUGGGUCGAACGAUUGAGGUACGACUGAAAUAUUGGUGUCAUGAUGAUUUUAGAUGUUCUUACUCCCUUCUUAUUAUGCAGGAUAUCAUUAACGCGUGGAGCGAGCAGCUUGAGCGUAAUGCGGACACAUUCACCACUGAAGCUGUUAAAGUGAGCAAGUGGGACAGCGACUUGAUGGAAAGCCAGCGGAAGCUUGGCGACAUUGCCGGCGACGUGCGACGUAUUCAGGUGGCUCAGAACGAGCUGGACUCGAACUUGGACACGAUCUUCGCCUACCAGAUGGAGUUGAAGUCAACGCUUGAGGUACGGAUAUCGUGACUUCAGCUGCUUAGUUGAAAGCUGAUCGUUGUGGUCCAUGAAUAUCUUUGCAGCAAUUGGAGAAGAGCGUGGACAAGAUGUACGAGUCUCAGGACCAGAUGCCCGUGGCCGCCGACAUUGAGCGCGAGCAGACUCUGCAGUUGUCAGUAGAUAUCGACGACCAGUUGAACUCGAUGACGACGACACUGAAGGAGACGGUAGAGAAGCUGAACAAGGCUCAGGACGACGUGGCAGACGACAACAACCCGCUGGUGCAGAUCAUGAAGGUGCUCAACGUGCACCACAACUCGCUCCAGUGGAUCGAAGGCAGCGCUGGCCGGCUCAACAGCGACAUUGCACAGCUGUCGCGCAAGCUGCAGGAUUCAUCGAUUUAAAUGGCCGCAGACACGACGUCUGUGCGCAGCGUGGACUGCUGAAUAGAUAUCGUUUAUCUGACGCUGUGGUAGUUGUGUAUCCAUGACGCUGUGAUCUAACGCCUUAUAAUGACAGGAUACGCUUCUGUGCUUCACUCAAGCAUCGUGAUUGGUCCAUGAACCUCAGAAGUAGUCGACGUCAUCGAAGCUGCCAAGUCCGUGAGCGUCGAUCCAGCGCUUGAAGUCCGUGCAGGAGGCAGGAUAGUGACCGGAAGCUCGAGUUUGAUGGGGGUUAUGAACAUGGCGUACUCACACACGAGCGCUAUGCUGUAUAUACAGCUUAAAAAACUCCCAGUCGUGGUCGGGUAGUUAACCUGAUUGUCCAGGUUAAGUUGUACGGGACAUUCGAGCAUAUCGCCAUGUUUUGGUCCUGGACACUUGGCUUCUGCAACUGGUCGUGCACAGACGUCUUCGUUGCCAUCGGGAUGCCGCAAUGUCACCUUCUGGAUGAGCUGGACACUGACUUGUUGUACACCGACCGACGCGGUGUGAUUGUUGACGAAGCACUCGACUAUCGGGCUCUCACCGAGAAUGAAGGUAUCUCGUGGCAUGGACAUGGCGAGGUGGGUAGUGCCUCGACUGAGACAACCGAACCAGCGGAGCGCCUUGGACACUGUGCGCUCGACUGAGUGAACUUCGAGUGACUGGGUAUUGCAUCGCACGACGAUGUCGGUGUUUGCUUCAAGGUCCGAGACGAAGCGACCUUGCACUUUAAUAGUCGCCGUUAUGGUGUAUUUGAUGGUAGCAUGCAACGCAGACACGUCUCCAUCCAGUGACUGGACGUUUAACACACCGGGUAGAUCUGCUGGUAACGUGUAUGUGAGCGGAUAAAGGUAUUCACCAACUUCAUACGGAACCGGUAAGGGUGUGUUUAAGAUCUACGAGAAACACCUUAAUCAGAGAAAUACAGGAUAAGAGGACAAUUAGCGCUCCCUACCUCAUGACGGAGGAUCUGGUGGAAGCGCGAGUGAUGGUCUUUGCCUUCUUUCCACUGCGCGAUCUCCUCACCAACAAUACUGCAUACCAACGCUGCAUCAGCAUUAAGUUAAUACCAGCUACGUCAGGGAUAACGUACACAGGAUAACAACGCACCUCCGCA